AUGGACCAUCCAUCCCCAGAGACAUCGGCUGGAAGAAUUUGUGCUGUUUGUGGAGACAGUCCGGCAAAAGUUCACUAUGGAGUACUUGCAUGUUUUGGAUGCAAGGGUUUCUUUCGUCGAGCGGUGAAAGAUGGGCGAAAUAAAUACAUCUGUAGAUAUGAUCGACAAUGUGCCGUCAACAAGUAUGAACGAAACAGUUGUCGAUAUUGCCGAUUCAGGAAAUGCCUUCAAGUGGGAAUGAAUCCGGAUGCCGUUCGCCCAGAUCGAGAAGAAUUAAAAGAAAAGGGAAAAAUGAAACCACUGCUUACAAAGAAGAAAAGUGUUGGAAGAACUCUAUCUGGGAGAGCGACAGAUGAAGAAGAAUGGACAAGAUUCAUGACACCUGAACAACGAGUUCUCCUUUUUCAACUCAUCAAACUUGAGGCUGAAGUGCAAAAUGCAAAUGAAUACAACUAUGAGACUGUAGCUGAUUUCAAUCUGAAAAGUUUGGUGGCUGAUAGAAUGCUGGCUGAAAAGAAUCCAUCAACACGUCUCUCAGCUUCUUCAGUCUUAUCCGGAGAUAUAAAUCUGACAGCAAUCUGGCGUGUGGUGGCUGUAGUUGAAUGGGUUGAAGGAGUUGUGAGAAAAAUGGAAGAAGGAAGACAUGUUGUCACAGUUGAGGACAAGACAGCCCUUGUUGAAGACACUUUUGCCCAGCUGACUUUGUUCACAUUAGCUGCUCGUGCGGCUCUGACUCCCCAUGCUGAACCGGCUGCUCUUCACCAUUCACUACACCCAUGUUCUAGAGUUUUUGCAACAGAAGUUGUUAGAAGAUUAAUCUCCGAAGUUGUCGCACCGUUGAGAAGACUUGAACCAUCCGAUGCUGAAUUUGUUCUUCUCAAGGCCAUUAUUGCUUUAAAUCCAGAUGCUACUGGAAUUUGCAAUGCGGCUUCGUCGAGUCUCCGUGAAAAACGCGAUGAUUUGCAGAAUCUUCUCCUCAAGACAAUCAAGAAAAGUCGUCCGAAGAACAACACUCAACCUGGAAGUCACUUUGGAAAUCUUCUGCUUCUCAUUCCUCCACUGAGACAACUUGGUUUCGAGCUGAUCUCGCAUUUGCGAACGAAAUUCCCGCGAGAUGGAAGUCAAGCACCAUUUCGCCGUAUUCUUUGCGAUGUUUUCAACCCGGUCUACGAUGAUCUUCUUAUGCAAAGAGAACAAGAGCGAUCGGAUGCUGAACAAAGUGAAACGAUUCGACCGCAACAAGGUAAUCCGAACCAACUACAAAUUGAAUGCAUUAACAUACAAACAUUCAAAGAGGAACCUCAAUCAAUUUUCUGUGCACCUCAGCCUCCAAUCAUCCGUGCCCCUCCUCGAUUUUAUUCUCCGUCAACACUUGUGAUGGGUCCUCCAUCAUUUCCAUCGGGUCUUCAUCACGGUUUUCCCACUCCUACCUCAACUCCAUCUUCCCUAAAUGCUUCUUGCUUCCAUACUCCUCCACCCCUUUACCGUCCUUCACCCCUUUCACCCUGUGUCACUCCACUUUCAAUCCAUAAUGAUUUUCCAAUGUCUGAUCGUCCAACAAGUCUUUCUUUACCGAAAAUUCCCCUGCAACUAACGAGAUCAAUUGAGGAAAUGCUGAAACCAAAUGGAGGUGGUGCUUCAGAGGAACUCAAUCGACCUUUAGCCUCGGAUUGGGCCGACACUGUUGGCUACAGUACUCCUAUCUUCAAUCGAGAUGUCGUUUCUCAAUUUUUCCCCGAGAUCAACACAAGCAAUACAAAUCUU